AGCGCUUGUGUACUCAUUUUUCUACGCAUUCUGAAUUAUGACUUCAGUCAAGUUGGUUACUCCGUCGUUACAGCUAAUAUGAGUAGAGGCAUCCCAAAUUUUAGUAGCGUAUAUACCUAUAGUGUGUUUUAUUCGUCUUAUUUUUGUGUAAAAAAAUGUCAACUUUUCAGAAUUUGUAGACUGAUAAUAUUUAAAAAUGUCUUCUCCAGAUAGUGAUGAAGUAGUGAAACAACCAAUAAAGCGUUUAGAAAUUCCCAUAUGCAAAUUUAACGAUGUUGCUAUUCCACACCAUCUUGAUCUUCUCAAGAAACACAAGGCUAAUAUAAAGAAAUUUCAAGGCCUACGAGACUGGAAUAGAGUCUAUACAGAGCAAAUAAAUGCAUCCAGAGUAGUUAAACAGUUAAAACAGUUAUUAUAUGAAAUGGAUACACUCAGAGGACAAGUACUUCAUAGUGAAAUUGCUUUGUUUGACAAGCUGACAACAAAGUCAAGAACAAGUACAUUGAAUGCAAUCAAAGAAUAUUUAGAUUUUGAAUUAAAUUUACCACUUGUUCAAUGCCCACCUCCCAAAGUAGAAGAUGAAAUAGCUGAAAGUCCAUAUGAUAAUCGAUAUAUGCAAGUUCAAGCUGAAAAUGAAGAAUUAGAAAGACAACAAGCUUGUUUGCGAGCUUGGACUACAUUACACAAUGAUCUUGAACAAUUACAGCAACUGUUUAUUGAUUUCAACAAAAUUGUUCAUGAAGAUGCUGAAUCAAUUGAUAGAAUUGAAAGUAAUAUUGAAGUUACUCAAGUUCAUGUUCAAGCAGGGACAAAACUUCUGCAACAGGCCUCAAAAUUGAAAAUGGCAGGAUAUCCAUUAGCUGGAGCUUUACUUGGGACUUGUCUAGGAGGACCAGUUGGAUUAAUCGCUGGCCUUAAACUUGGUGGUCUGACAGCUUUAGGUGGAGGGCUCUUGGGAUUUACUGGUGGUACAAUAUUGAAAAAGACAUGCCAUAUAGACUCAGAACUAAAACAAAUAAAAGGCCCUCAAGAUGAAAGCAUACAAAAUAGUACUUCAAUAAGAAAUAUAAGUGAUUCUGAGAGUAAAAAGGACUUAUGACAUCCAAAGAAUGUAAUAAAACUUGAAAAGCAAAGAGAAUGCAUUGUAUUUUAGUUCUGAGAGUUCAUAAGUUUUGCUGAAAGAGUUAUAUAUGUUUUAUUGAUAGUUUGUAAAUCAUAUAUAUUAAAAAUAUCAUUUACUGAUUAUGAAGAAACAAAAUCUAAAUAAUGUAAAUUAGGCUGAAACGACUGUGAUUUUACAAUUAAAAAAUUAUACGUCUGUACGUUUUACAGUUAGUAAAUUAUGACAUAAACGGUUACUAGACAUAUAUAAAUGGAGGAGAUAAAAAUCUUGUAAAUUAUUUUAAAAAUUUAUCUAUAUAUUGACCGUAAUGAUGUAUGUUUUAGUAAAUAAGCCUAUAAACUAUUUCCUAAAUUAAUUUGAAUAAAUUAAUCAUUUUUAAA